AUGGCAUCCCUCCUGCGCGCAUUCGCGCUGCCCGCACGACUCGUUUCCUCCAGACACGCUGCGGCCGCCGUCGCCGGCAGCGUGGCAGCCGGGCCGGGCGCGAGCUGGGCCUCCUGCCUGGCCAGCGCGUGGACGGCCAGCGCCAGAGCGGCGGCAGGCCUGGGGGCCGGCUUCGUGCGCCAGCAGACGCGGGGGAUGAAGGUGCACAGCUCGGUCAAGAAGAGGUGCGAGCACUGCAAGGUCGUGCGACGAAAGGCCGGGAAGCGACAUAACGGGUACUUGUACAUUGUUUGCAAGGCGAACCCGCGGCAUAAGCAGCGGCAGAGCUAG